AUGAACAUGAAUGGACUAUUUAGAAUCUUCGCGUUCAAAAUACGGCAUGGAUUACAUGUAUAUUACGCUAAGAAAAAGCGGAGAGCGCAACAGUACCUGGGCGAAGACGGCUCGCACAAAAAGGAGCGGAAGUUAUAUAAUGAUGGUUACGACGAUGAUAACCAUGACUACAUUAUUAAGCAGGGCGAGAAGUUCCUCGACCGGUAUGAGAUCUCAUCGCCUAUUGGAAAGGGAUCAUUUGGACAGGUUGUGAAAGCGUAUGACCACGAGGAGCAGUGUCAAGUAGCGAUUAAAAUAAUUAAGAAUAAGAAACCCUUCCUAAACCAGGCACAAAUAGAAGUCAAGUUACUAAAAAUGAUGAACAGAGCGGAUCCUGAAAAUAAGUAUUAUAUAGUGAAACUUAAAUGCCAUUUUAUGUGGCGGAACCACCUGUGCCUAGUGUUCGAGCUGUUGUCAUAUAAUUUGUACGACCUGCUGCGCAACACCAAUUUUAGAGGCGUCUCGCUCAACCUCACACGCAAGUUUGCACAGCAAUUGUGCACUGCGCUAUUGUUCCUUAGUCAACCUGAACUAAAUAUAAUUCACUGUGAUCUUAAACCCGAGAAUAUACUACUAUGUAACCCGAAGAGGUCUGCCAUUAAAAUCGUGGACUUUGGAAGCUCGUGUCAGCUGGGUCAACGGAUAUACCAAUACAUACAAUCGCGGUUUUAUCGAUCGCCUGAGGUACUGUUGGGCGUAUCCUAUGACCUUGCGAUAGACAUGUGGUCGCUUGGCUGCAUACUGGUCGAGAUGCAUACUGGCGAGCCGCUGUUCAGCGGAGCCAACGAAGUCGACCAAAUGAACAAAAUUGUCGAGGUGCUCGGCAUGCCGCCUGAUCAUUUAUUAGACCAGGCACAUAAAACAAGAAAAUUCUUUGACAAAUUACCAACUGCUGAAGGUGGUAGUUAUGUAUUAAAGAAAGUCAAUGGGAAGGAUGGCAGCGGUUACAGGAAGUACCGCGCGCCGGGCACUCGGCGGCUGCACGACAUCCUGGGCGUGGAGGGCGGCGGGCCGGCCGCGCGCCGCCGCGGGGAGCCCGGCCACUCCGUCUCAGAUUAUCUCAAAUUUAAGGACCUAAUCCUCCGUAUGUUGGAGUACGACCCCAAACAGCGUGUGACGCCGUACUAUGCGCUGCAACACAAUUUCUUCAAAAGGACCGCAGAUGAGUCCACAAACACACAGCAAGCGCAGUCGCAUCAUCAACACGCGGGCGGCGCGGGCGCGGGUGCGGGGGGCGGCGCGGGGGGCGGCGCGGGGGGCGGCGCGGCGGGCGCGGGGGGCGGCGCGGCGCGGCUGUGGGGCGCGCCCAUGGAGGUGGAGGCGGUGCGGCGCGAGGACGAGCUGCUGCAGGCCGUGUGCCACAGCCCCGUGGCCAUUCACUAG